AGAGAGAGAGAAAGUAAAAAGAAACGAGAGAGAGAGAGAGAGAGAAGGAAACAGACAGUAAAGGGGAGAAAGUGACAGGAACACACUCUCACUCUCACUCACACACACACACAGCAGAGAUGAGCUGAGAGGGAGUAGGACACGUCGCUAUCUCCCUGUGUGGAGCUUCCCCCAACCCCCCCCCCUCUUUCCCCCUAUACACAUCUCCAAUUAUUCCUCCCUAAAAAGAGAGAGACCCCCAUAACCGCACUCAAGGGGCUGGAGGACAAGAAAGAGCACUGAGGACCCGCACUGCACUGGCCACUGGGCAACUCAGCCACGUUUUUGUUGGUGGACGAAGCAAAGUUGGAUGUUGCCUUGGGUCCACCUGCUGAGGAUUUUGCUGUGUGGUGUGUUGUAUGGAAAUGGGUCCGAAUCCCCUCUACAUCACUGUGGAGGUGCUGAUCGCUGUGUUGGCCAUCCUGGGCAAUGUCCUGGUCUGCUGGGCGGUUUCCAUCAACACCAACUUGAAGACGGCCACCAACUAUUUCCUGGUGUCCCUGGCUGUAGCCGAUAUCGCGGUGGGCCUCUUCGCUAUCCCCUUCGCUAUCGUCAUCAGCAUUGGCCUUCCCACUGACUUCCACGGCUGUCUCUUCCUCGUUUCCUUUGUGUUGGUCCAGACCCAGAGCUCCAUCUUCAGCCUCCUCGCCGUGGCCAUUGACAGGUAUCUGGCCAUCAAAGUGCAUCUCAGAUAUAAGGGGCUGGUGACUGGCCGACGAGCCAAGCUGAUCAUAGCAGUCUUCUGGAUCCUCUCCUUUGUGAUCGGGCUGAUUCCAUUGUUUGGCUGGAGCGGAUCCAAAGAGUGUCUGAACAAAACCAACCCAGUGACCCCUACAGACAACGGGUCUUGCCAAGUCCAAUGCCUCUUCUUGAAUGUUAUAGACAUGGGCUACAUGGUCUACUUCAACUUCUUUGGCUGCGUUUUGACUCCGCUGAUCAUAAUGUUGGUGAUUUACCUGAAAAUCUUCACUGUCGUCAGGAAGCAGCUCCGACAAAUCGAACACAGUUCCAUCAACUCCGACACCUCCAGGACCUUUUUGCAGAAACAGCUGAAUGCGGCAAAGUCGCUCUCCAUCAUAGUGGGCUUUUUUGCCUUCUGCUGGCUCCCGCUCCACAUCCUGAACUGCAUCAACCUGCUCCACAACGACUACUUUCGAACAUUGCACCACAAUUUCAUGGACGUCGCCAUUGUCCUGUCUCACGCGCAUUCCGUUGGGAAUCCCGUCAUCUAUGCCUCCAGGAUUCAGGAAUUCCGAAAAACUUUCCACCAAAUUAUUACCAAACACAUUCUGAGAGGAAGAGACAAAGUGUUGAAGUCGGACAGGAGUAACACCCAGGACACCUACUUACAAGCCACAAGCUUGUUGACAUGAUACCUUGUGUUUGAGGUUCUAAGCCUUGGGAGGGGGAGAGAGAGAUUCAGGGAACUCAGACUAUUUGAGACAAAUUAUUCACAGAUGUCACCUAAGAUUUUUUCUUUUGUAGUUUUAUUAACCCUGUGAGUCAAGAACACAAUUGCACUCGAGAAGAAUGUUUACAGCAGAAAGUGGCAAGUGCAAAAAUUGCAGAAGGACCAACCUGUUAUUGGAAUGUCAGCCUCCUUUAGACAUCCUAUUUUUAACUCUGAAAAUAAACAGUAAGACAAUGUAAAAUGAAGGAAAUGUACAACCAACAUAUCACAAGGUUUUCACUGGCACGAGACACAGAGAGAGAGGGCAGACUGGAUAGGAUUGGAAAUUAAGUAAAUGGACCAGAGGCAGAGUUCCAAGUGUGACUUAUUACUAUACACUCAUUUACUCUUUCUUUCACUGUCCGACAGUGUUGUCACUCUUGCCUCUAAGUGAGAAGAUUGUGGGUUCAAGCCACAAACCUUCCAUGGUGAAUUGAGCUCAUUGUCAGGCUGGCCCUCCAGUGCAGUAAAGAGGGUGCCCAUCAUCGUUACAGGAACCGUCCUUUGAAUGAGACGUUAAACCAAGGCCCUAUCUGCUCGCUGAGAUGGAGUUUAAACAUUCUGUGGCCAAAGGAAGGGAGUUUCUCCUGUUACCUUAGGUAAAUUGGUCAUUCAUUUCAUGGCUGUUUUGGGCCGUUUACCUGCUAUGUUUGCCUCCUUGACAGCAAUUCCCUGUGAAGUUUUUUGAGACAUUUCAAUGUUAUACACACCAUAUCAAACUCAGAGAUUAUUAGUAUUACUAGAAAAAAAGAGACAACAGACUGGUCUUUUAAACGUUUUAUGUGCAGAUAGUUGUCAUCCAUCGUGUAUAACAAGCUACAGUGAUAUGAGA